AUGGAUGAUGCUCUUUCAGGGGAAGACGACCUGGAAACUGCUGUUGAGACAGUGAUACAGCUGACGGAACUACUGAAGCUUGGAGGCUUCAACUUGAGGAAAUGGAGCUCCAAUGAUCCUCGGAUUCUGGCUCACUUGCCGGAUGAACUGAAGGAAUUCGCGCCGGAAACUGAAAUCGACGAUUCCGGAAACAUAAAAACGCUAGGUUUGUUGUGGUCACACGUCACCGAUGAAUUUGGAUUCAAAAUCCCAUCGCUUCCGCCCUCGAACAAGGUCUCCAAACGAGUGGUGGCCUCCGAGAUGGCACAGUUAUUCGACCCGCUCGGGCUGGUCGGAUCAGUGGUGAUGAGUGCCAAAAUGUUUAUUCAGAAGCUGUGGGCGAUAGGAAUUCCUUGGGAUGAUGACCUUCCCGAGAACCUACGAGCUUGGUGGCUGCGUUUCCGUGAAGAAAUUCCGCAAUUAGCAGACCUGAAGAUUCCACGCCGAGUUCUCGCGAACGACUUCAACAGCUACGCAAUGCAUUGCUUCUGCGAUGCUUCCGACCACGGCUACGGCGCCUGUGUCUACGUGGUUUCGUCGAAUGGGGCUGGAGAUCACUACAGCCAACUUCUCAUAGCCAAAUCGAGAGUCGCACCACUGCGUGGACUUACAACACCGAAACUUGAACUCUGUGCUGCUUUGUUAGGAUGUCAGCUGCUGGAUCAAGUCCGAAGCACGACUAGAUUCACCGGAGUAGUGACGUUCUGGUCGGAUUCCAGUAUAGUUCUACACUGGAUUCAGAUCGCCGCCUACCGUUUGGAAGGUGCCAAUCCGGCGGACAGGAUAUCUCGUGGAGUUUUACCGUCCGAAAUACUCGAAGAUUCGCUGUGGUGGCAUGGGCCUAACUUUCUCGUUCAGGCCGUCGAAACUUGGCCUGAAGACAUCGUAUCACUCACUCGUGAAGAACAAGAAGUUCGUGAUGUGGAAGCUCGCCAGGUGGUUACCUUCGCGGUGACCCACGUGGAUCACUCGAUCAUCCAUCGAUACUCGGAUCUUGGAAGGUUGCUUCGGGUAGUUAGUUACUGCUUCCGAUUCUGUCGAAACGCUCUAAGUCCGCAAAAUCAUCGCAAAGUCGGUCCUCUUCAGCCGUCCGAAGUGGACUACUCACUGAAAUCGCUCAUUCGUUCCGUCCAAAGUACAGAAUUCCCAGAAGAAAUUCGCUGCCUCUCGGCGAAUCCUCAGCGGCGACUGACCAGCAAGGACCGGAAACUCCAAUCGUCGUUCAAGUCGCUCAACCCGUUUCUGGACAACACUGGCCUCCUACGGAUAGGAGGACGCUUGGCAAAGCUGUCAGCCUCUUUGGAUACCAGAGCACCAAUUCUUCUACCGGCCAAACAUCAUCUGUCUUGGCUAAUCGCUCGCUCCCUCCAUCUAAGGACUCUUCAUGGAGGACCAACCUUGCUACUGGCUACCAUUCGGCAAAGAUUCUGGCCUCUGCGUGGACGCGAUCUCGUUCGUAAAGUCGUUCGGCAGUGUGUGACCUGCUUCCGCUGCGCCCCGAAGCCGACGGAGCAGUUCAUGGCUCCUCUACCGUCUGUGCGAAUCACGCCGGCACGAGUGUUCGCGAAUAGUGGUAUGGACUACUGUGGGCCCUUCGGUAUUCGUCCGUUAGUUGGAAGGGGAGCAAACGUGAAAAUGUACGUCGCCGUGUUCGUUUGUAUGGUGGUGAAGGCGGUACACCUCGAGGUAGUCACCGACCUUACGUCCGUCGCGUGUAUCAAUGCGGUGAAGCGGUUCAUCGCACGUCGCGGUCGCGUAGUGAAUUUGUAUUGCGACAACUCGACAGCAUUCGUCGGCGCUGAUCGAGAACUGAAGCAGCUACGUCGACAGUACCUUCAGCAGUAUUCGACAGAACAGUGGAAUGGAUACUGCCUGGAGAGUGGAAUAACGUUCCACUUUAUCCCUCCUCGUUCCCCCCACCAUGGUGGCCUGUGGGAAGCGGGGGUCAAAUCGUUUAAACACCACCUGCGUAGAAUCCUUGGCAGUCGAUCUUUCACGUUGGAGGAGUUCAACACUACAGUGGCGCAAAUCGAAAGUAUGCUGAACUCCCGCCCUCUGUCGCCACUGUCUAGUCACCCGCAGGAUCUGUCCAGCCUAACUCCCGGUCACUUCCUUGUGGGCGAACCUUUGUUCUCUAUUCCAGAGCCCGACUACACCUCACAUCCUGUUGGUCGGCUCAACCGUUACCAGGAGAUGAAGCGCAGUGUCCAGGAUUUCUGGAAACGCUGGGCACGAGAGUACGUCAGCGAGCUCCAUCAGCGCUCAAAGUGGCAACGUGUGCGGGACGAAGUGAAGGUGGGAUCCCUGGUCCUGCUAAAGCAAGAAAGUCUUCCACCACUCGAAUGGAACUUGGGUCGUGUCGUAGCGGUAUCACCAGGAUCGGACGGCCAUGUUCGGGUCGUCGAUGUUCGUACCGCGAAGGGGAUCUACACACGAGCAGUGACUGAAGUCUUUCUGCUACCUGUCGAGGAACCAGUCGUUGAAAUGCCCGAUGCGGAUCAGGAGGAUAGACCAAUCGGUCCGGAAGCGAAGGCGUCUGUCGGAGAUCUUUGA